GUGACAGUCUGGCCUUGGCCCUCUCUCUUUCUAUUGCUCCACCGUCCGCCUCUUGUCUUCUUCUUCAUUUACCUCUGAAAAUAAUACGAGUACUGCAUCUUCAAUGCUUGUCGCAAGGAGGGGAGGAGAAAGGCGAGCGGGCGGAAGGAAGAGGAAGAAGGACAGUACCGAAGGAAACAUUUCUGCUCCUUUUUCUUCUUCUUCUUCAUCUCUUCAGCUCAACAUUAGUUGCAGAGAGAUGAGUCCCUUCGCCCUUGGAAUCAGAAAUCAGAAAACCUUCCGGCCGAAGAAAAAUGCUCCAGCUGGAGAUAAGGGUGCACAGCUCAAGAAAUACAUUGAUGCAACCUUGGGUAGUGGAAACUUAAAAGAGGCUGUUCAGUUGCCCCCUGGAGAAGAUCUUAAUGAAUGGCUUGCCGUCAACACUGUUGACUUCUUCAAUCAGGUGAAUCUUCUGUUUGGCUCUCUCAUGGAAUUCUGCACACCUACCUUCUGCCCAACAAUGUCUGCAGGACCAAAGUUUGAGUACAGAUGGGCUGAUGGAGUGAAGAUAAAGAAACCCAUAGAAGUGUCAGCACCCAAAUAUGUGGAAUAUUUGAUGGAUUGGAUUGAAGUUCAGCUUGAUAAUGAGUCAAUAUUCCCACAGAAACUUGGAGCACCAUUUCCUCCUAAUUUUCAGGAUGUAAUCAGAACAAUUUUCAAGCGAUUAUUUCGAGUCUAUGCUCAUAUUUACCACUCACAUUUUCAGAAGAUUGUUAGUCUCAGGGAAGAAGCUCAUCUGAACACCUGUUUCAAGCAUUUUACAUUUUUUAUAUGGGAAUUCCAUUUGAUUGACAAAGGAGAGCUCGCACCACUCAUUGAUCUCAUAGAAUCCAUCCUACUUGCGUACUGAGUCAGCCACCUACAGACAUCCAUGGAAAGAUCAGCAAAAUCAUCUAUUUACAAGAAUUUUACUGCAAAAUAAAAUUUUGCAGUAAUAUUUCUGCUUAAAUACAUUACUCGCUGAUAAAUGUUUGAUUAAUUGAUCUCUUUUCAAGUUCCAGAUAAGCAUGUUCGUGUGCUGAUUCUGAGAGAAGCUCACUAAAUUCUUCUGCAAUGCAGUUUAUUUCUUAUUGA